AAUAUUUCCGAACUGCACCAGCUUUCUAGCCUGCCCCUUAAACCACCAAGUAUUUCUCCCCACCCCCACCCCCUUGCAGAUAAACCACGGUCGGCCUUGUCACACCUGAAACUGAUCAAACAGGGACCAGGAAACUGGCUGAGACCAAGAAGCUCCGCCCUGGAAUAUGCGAGGCUAUAAUAAAGAGCGCCUCUGAGCAGCUGCAGAGUGCCCGCGCCCAACCCAAGCCCGCCGCGUGUCGACCUACCCAGACUUGGGACCGAGGAGCAGCUUAUGCCACCCUGAGUCGCCCGUAGUGUCUGGGUGGGCGCCUUUGGGCCUCAAAGCGCCGCUCCCUCUGCCAUGCUCUCUGGUGCUUCCAGUUUCCUGAGUCUGGAUGGCUUGGGGACGCCCCGCCGGCGAUGGAGCUGGGCCCCCGGAGGCCUCUGGCAGCGGGGGGAGGCCGCCUUAGCCCCGAAGCCCCGCGGAGGGGCGGAUUUCUCCCGGCGGGAAGGCAAGCUCCACUUCUACGCCCUCUGGUCUCUGCGCGAGCCGCCCCGGCAGCUCAGUAGCAAAUGCCGUCAGAAAUGUUACCAGACUCACUUACCACUGCCGCUGCCCAAACACCUGGUGGUCUUUGGUUUGGGUGACUGGAGCCGCUAUUCUCAGAAGACAAGCAUCAUUGUGGAAAUAUUAGUGAAUCCAAAUGUUAAGCCACAAAAGAUUGGCAAGCUGGGGCCUGAAGCAAGCAGGUGUUUGGUAUGGGAAGGUGACUGGCGAGUGGAUGUUUUGAUGGCUUCGUUAAAGCAGGAAGAGAAUGGUAACCCUGUUAAGCUUCUCUUGACUGUUGAGGAACAGCUGCUCAACAGCACCCCCACCCGCCCAUUUCAGGCCACAGAGCCUAAUCAGUCACCUGUCCUUCCAGAAGAUACAGGUCAGCGAUUGGAUGAGCCACCUGAGUCUAAGAAUGGGAGUUCAGUGAUGCCUGUUAAAGAGCCUGUGCUUGAAAGGAAGGAGUUCUCUCCACCCAUGGAAAAGCUGCUUAUGCUUCCUGCUCCAGAAACAACUGCUGCAUCGGUGGACUGUGAGGAGGCCAGAAAUAAAACAUGUACAUCUAAUUCAGCUCGCCUAAAGACCAGGAGGGUUCUCUUUGAACUUCUGGCAUCCAACAGACAGCAGGAAUCUGAAGACUUGGAAGUUAAAGAGCUGCAAGUAUGUCCAAGCCCUCGGUGGUGUCAUGCCAUGUGCCUGAGUGACCCUGAAACUGCUGUUCUGAUUGGUGGUGAAGGAACUAAUCAACAAUUUUGCCAAGAUGCCCUGUGGAAACUGGAAAUUGACAAUGACUUCUGGUUCCCCAUGGAUCUCCCGGCACCAGGUUCCAUGCCACAGUGUUCAAGGGGCCACAGUGCCACAUAUGACCCAGAGACCAAGCGCAUUUACAUCUUCGGGGGUAUGAGGGAGGCAAAGCGCUACAGCAACAUCCAUGUUCUGGACACGGUGUCUUGGAAGUGGCUUCAUGUGUCUGCUAAGGGUAAAGUGCCAACGCUGGCUUACCAUAGUGCAACCAUCUACCGAAAGGAGCUAUUUGUCUUCGGAGGAGCUUUCCCUAAAAUGUCAUCCCUGGAGAUGGGAGCUUGCAGCAACACACUCUUUGUUUUCAACCCCGAGUACGAGAUCUGGUAUCAACCCAUUGUUGAGGGGGAGAAGCCUUUGCCUAGGCUUGGCCAUUCAGCUACUCUGCUGAGGAACAAACUGAUCAUAUUUGGGGGCCAGAAGACUUCCUUCUACCUGAACGACACACACAUCCUAGAUCUGGGUUUCAUGGAGUACAUUUCAGUUCCUUUUCUCUCUGGACAACCUUCAGCUCGCAGUUUCCAUGCGGCCAUCCCAGUGUCUGAUCAGAAAGUGCUGAUAAGCGGAGGCUGUGGUGUCAGAGGAGCCUUUCGGGAUGCAUUCACAUUCCAUCUCGAUACCUUGACUUGGAGUGCAGUCAAGCAUAGUGACCUUUGCUCUGUGCCCCGGGCAGGCCACACACUGCUCAACUUGACUUAUGCCCCUCAGACGGAUGCAGAUAAGGAGAACCAGGGCAAGCACAAUGCGUGCACGGUUCUGGUCUUUGGGGGGUCAGACCGUGCUGGCAAGUUCUACAACAGUACAAGCAAGCUGCAGCUGGACCUCGAGGUGACGAGGCCUUCUCUGGACCCUGCUUGAGUCAUUGGGAGUCCUGUGUCUGGACCAAGAAGGCAAGAUCAGAAAGACUGAAUAUUGGAAGAGUACAAGUGGAUGGGUACAAGACUGCCAGUGGGAACAGAGGUGGUGAAAACAACAUCAUCCCUCUCUGAAUACUUUGCUGAUCUUCCUGCUGGUUUCAUCCCAUGUAGGAGAAACAAAGUGGGUUUUCAGGAGAUCAGGCAGAGGGUUUUUACUUUAGUAUUUGCAUUUUUGCACUCUGUCACUUCAGUGUAAUCUCCCCCAUCCCUCACAGUUGCUCCUCUUGAACCCCAUAUUCUAUGACAUGCCCUAAUCAGUCAGUCUUGGAUGUAAUAGUGCCUCAGCUUAAUCCUUGCUAGUGGAGAGGAAAGUACCCUGAAAAUGAAUGAAGAAAUACUGCGGGAUGUUUAUAAACUGAAGGGCAUAUAGGCUGGGCUUCAGAUAUUUGACAGCUGGAUCUGGAUUAUACCAAUGCAUUUCUAUACCUUUCCUCCUUGCUCCUGUUUCUUCCCGUUCUAUUAUGUUCCUGUUUUUAAUCCUCUGUCACCUGUCAGUUUGACCAAGCCCCACCCACCUCCCCAGCAAAAAAAAAAAAAUAUAAUCCAAACCCAAAUUGUGUAAUAAAGCAUGCACAAGAGUUGUGAUAAAAAGAAUCUGUCUUUGUUCUAUUUAUGCUAUGAAACUUUGCUGGAGGCAUGGAGAGAAGCAAUCACAUUCCAGAACCUCCUAAAUUACGCACAUUUGCUUAAUUUAUACACACGUAAUCCACCUCUUUCUUGCUGUAGAAUUACUUUUUUUAAAAAGUACAAAGUAUACACACUCCUAAUUAAUGCUUCAAAGAAGUGUGUUCUGACCUCUCAUAGGAAAAACUUCAGCCUCUGUGAGAUUCAGAAGAUGCCUAGAUCCUGCCAGUGUAUUGCACCAACUCCCAUUUUCACCAUAACUACUUUGCUCUGUUGAGAUGCUGUGGCCGUGGGCUUAAUUUGGCUGGCAGGCACUACUUUAGCGCAGAGUCUGGCAGCCCUGAUCCCAUAGAUCUCGCCGCAAUUAUGCAUCUUAGCAGCUGUCUCCUAUGCAGAAGGCUUUCCCAUUUACUUCUACAACAUAAAUAAAUGGGAUUUAUGAUUUUAGGCCUUUGGACAGGAAGAAAAAGCUUGCUUGCUUGCUGCCUGGGGUGCUACUGAAGUUAUUUUUAAAAAGUAGCUAAGCUGCUGUUUUGUCUAAAUGUUUGUGCAGUCCAGCCAGCAGGAUGGUAUCUUUGCCACCUAGAGUAUAACAAGCAAGAUAAUAUCAAAUGAACUUCGCACACAGAAUAGUCAGAAACACUUUUUUCUUUUAAUCUCCUUUUACAAUUGUCAAAACAUGAUCAAAGGUUAGGUCUUGUUAAGUGCUUUAAUGUAGUUGCAUUAUUAUUAUUAUCAUUAU